AUGUCAUCCUACCGAAGAGUAUCACAGCACGAAAGCGCACCCAAUUCCGAUGGUUCCAACAACUUGGAAGGCGGCUUGACGAGGUCUCGAAUGGAACGGCUGACAGAUAAAGCAACUGCUGUUGCUUGGGUGGUGCUGGCGGUAUUUGUGGCACGGUGGACCGGCUUCUACACUACCAUUUUGACGGGUGAGAAUGCCAAUCGAUUCUUGUUGAGAUUAGCGGUCUUGGGGUUUGGAACAGUGACAUCGCUAGUUCUCUACUUGACGGUAUACCUGCCGAAAGUGGUUGGUCUCAAGGCGGAUUCCAGUGCCUGGAAUGUCUAUUGUCCCAAGGUCGUUCCUACCAUUACAGCUCUGGCUGUAGUAUCCUAUUUGCUAGCGAUCCGAGGAGCAUGGCCUGUGUAUGGAUGUUUGACACCUCUCAUCUUUGGGACCCAAAUGAUGGGGGCACUCAUGUCGUUGCAUUUCGUCCCAGCAGGAAAUUUGUUUUGA